GCGUCAUUCGUCAUGUGGGAGAUGCCUUGAAAGAUCAUUCUUCCAAAUCCAGAGGACGAAUAUGUGCCAUAGGAAUUGCACCGUGGGGCAUUGUAGAAAACAAGGAAGAUCUCAUAGGAAAAGAUGUAACACGGGUUUACCAAACAAUGUCAAACCCUCUAAGUAAGCUCUCUGUGCUCAACAGUUCCCAUACCCACUUCAUUCUGGCAGACAAUGGUACGCUAGGUAAAUAUGGAGCUGAAGUGAAGUUACGGCGUCAGUUGGAAAAACACAUUUCCCUCCAGAAAAUUAACACACGACUGGGACAAGGUGUUCCUGUAGUUGGGCUCAUAGUGGAAGGGGGUCCCAAUGUGAUCUCCAUUGUCUUAGAGUGUCUACGAGAAGAGCCCCCUCUCCCUGUCGUGAUAUGUGAUGGUAGUGGACGAGCAUCAGAUAUUCUGUCAUUUGCACACAAGUAUUCAGAAGAAGGAGGGAUAAUAAGUGAAUCCCUUAGGGAUCAGCUUCUAGUUACCAUCCAGAAAACCUUUAACUACAACAGGAAUCAAGCUCAUCAGCUGUUCAUUGUUCUUAUGGAGUGCAUGAAAAAGAAAGAACUUAUUACCGUGUUCCGAAUGGGGUCUGAAGGGCAACAGGACAUUGAGAUGUCUAUCUUAACUGCUCUCCUCAAAGGUACCAAUGCAUCUGCUCCAGACCAGCUCAGCUUGGCUUUGGCCUGGAAUCGUGUAGACAUUGCACGCAGCCAAAUUUUUGUCUUCGGACACCACUGGCCACCUUUAGGAAGUCUUACAGCUCCUGAUGGUACAGCUCCUGAGAAGGAAAAGAAAUCUCCAGCAGCUCAGACUAAAGCAGCCAGAGGGAAAGGAAAAGGGAAGAAAAAGGGAGGAAAAGGAAAAGAAGAGCCAGAAGAAGAAACAGACCCAAGAAAGCUUGAACUACUGAACUGGGUGAAUUCCCUGGAGCAGGCUAUGCUAGAUGCACUGGUUCUGGAUCGAGUGGACUUUGUGAAACUACUUAUUGAAAAUGGAGUGAACAUGCAGCACUUCCUCACUAUUCCUCGACUGGAAGAACUUUAUAAUACUAGAUUGGGUCCACCAAAUACGCUGCAUUUGCUAGUCAGAGAUGUGAAAAAGGUUAACUGGAAGCCCAACUACCAUGUUUGUCUUUUGGAUAUUGGUCUUGUACUUGAAUAUCUCAUGGGUGGAGCUUAUCGCUGCAACUAUACUAGAAAAAGUUUUCGGACUCUUUAUAAUAAUUUAUUUGGACCAAAGAGGCCAAAAGCUCUCAAACUACUAGGAAUGGAGGAUGAUGAGCCUCCCACUAAAGGUAAGAAGAAGAAGAAGAAGAAAAAGGAGGAAGAGAUCGAUAUUGAUGUCGAUGACCCAGAAGUUAGCCGCUUUCAGUAUCCCUUUCAUGAACUGAUGGUAUGGGCCGUGCUGAUGAAACGGCAAAAGAUGGCACUCUUCCUUUGGCAGCGGGGGGAGGAAACCAUGGCCAAGGCACUUGUGGCCUGUAAACUGUACAAAUCUAUGGCCCAUGAGUCUUCUGAGAGUGAGCUGGUGGACGACAUCUCUCAGGAUCUGGACAACAACUCCAAGGAUUUUGGCCAGCUGGCUGUUGAGCUCUUGGAUCAGUCCUAUAAACAUGAUGAGCAGAUUGCCAUGAAACUACUGACCUACGAACUGAAAAACUGGAGUAAUUCUACCUGCUUGAAAUUGGCUGUAGCAGCUAAACACAGGGACUUCAUUGCUCACACAUGCAGCCAGAUGCUCCUAACAGAUAUGUGGAUGGGGCGACUACGCAUGCGGAAAAACCCAGGCCUUAAGGUUAUAAUGGGGAUUCUCUUCCCCCCCACCAUCCUUUUCUUAGAGUAUCGGAGUUAUGAUGAUUAUUCUUACCAGACAUCAAGAGAAAAUGAAGAAGGCAGAGAAAAGGAGGAGGAAAAUGUGGAUGCAAAUGUGGAUACAGGCUCCCGAAAAGGAGAUGAAGAGAAUGGAAAUAAAAAACAAAAGAGCCUUCCAAUUGGAACAAAGAUCUAUGAAUUCUAUAAUGCACCUAUUGUCAAAUUUUGGUUCUACACAAUAUCAUACCUCGGUUACUUGAUGCUAUUUAAUUAUAUCAUCUUGGUGCGGAUGGAACGGUGGCCGUCAGUCCAGGAAUGGAUUGUCAUCUCCUACAUUGUGACAUUGGCUUUAGAGAAAGUAAGAGAGAUUCUGAUGUCAGAGCCUGGCAAGUUGAGCCAAAAAGUGAAAGUUUGGCUCCAGGAAUACUGGAAUAUUACUGACCUGGUGGCUAUUUCAGUAUUUAUGAUCGGAGCAAUUCUUCGCCUACAGAACCAGCCUUACAUGGGUUAUGGAAGAGUGAUUUACUGCGUAGAUAUAAUUUUCUGGUACAUUAGAGUACUAGAUAUCUUUGGUGUGAACAAAUAUCUGGGACCUUACGUCAUGAUGAUUGGAAAGAUGAUGAUUGACAUGCUCUACUUUGUGGUCAUCAUGCUUGUCGUUCUGAUGAGUUUUGGAGUAGCCCGCCAAGCUAUCCUGCACCCAGAUGAGGAGCCUUCUUGGAGACUAGCUCGCAACAUCUUCUAUAUGCCCUACUGGAUGAUCUAUGGAGAGGUGUUCGCAGACCAGAUAGACCUCUAUGCCAUGGAAAUUAAUCCUCCUUGUGGGGACAAUCUUUAUGAUGAUGAUGGUAAACGCCUCCCUCCGUGUAUACCAGGGGCCUGGCUCACUCCUGCUAUUAUGGCCUGUUACCUCUUGGUAGCUAAUAUCCUGUUGGUAAACCUGCUGAUUGCUGUCUUCAACAAUACCUUCUUUGAGGUAAAAUCAAUAUCCAACCAAGUCUGGAAGUUCCAGCGGUACCAGCUGAUCAUGACUUUCCAUGACAGACCUGUCCUCCCACCGCCAAUGAUUAUCUUCAGCCAUAUCUACAUAAUCAUCAAGCGAAUCUGCUGUCGCUGCAAGAAGGGUGAAGGAGACCAGGAUGAGCGUGACAGGGGACUGAAGUUAUUUCUGAAUGAUGAAGAGCUAAAAAAGCUGUAUGAGUUCGAAGAGCAGUGUGUAGAAGAAUACUUCCAGGAAAAAGAGGAUGAGCAGCAAUCAUCUAAUGAUGAACGCAUCCGCGUUACCUCUGAAAG